GAGAAGAUGUCAGGUUGGGACGAGGGAGCGGUGUAUUACAGUGACCAAGCCCACUCCUUGGACGACGGCACCGGUGGCCGCACCGAAGCUGCAGCCUCCAAUCACUCUCUCCUCCAGAAAUUCAAGGAAUUCAUUCGAAACUUCGAGACCGACAGCAAUGUCUUCCCUUACAGAGAGAGCCUCCUCCAUAGCCCCAAGCUCCUUCUCGUCGACAUGGAAGAUCUCGAUGCCUUCGACCCCGACCUUCCCGCUAAACUCCGAUCUUCCCCCGCCGAUUUCUUGCCCCUGCUCGAGACGGCCGCAGCUCAGGUUUUGGUGAGUUUGAAGACGAAGGUUGCUGGAGAUACGGGAGUUUUGGAGGAUCCGGUGACUGGGGAUGUUCAGGUUUUGCUCACCUCCAAGGAGGAUCCAGUCUCCAUGAGAUCGCUCGGGGCUCAAUACAUAUCAAAGCUAGUUAAAAUUGCUGGGAUUACAAUUGCCGCAUCCAGGACUAAGGCAAAGGCAACUUAUGUCACCCUAAUAUGUAAGAAUUGCAAGAAGGGGAAGCAAGUUCCAUGUCGGCCAGGACUUGGGGGAGCAAUUAUUCCUCGUUCCUGUGAUCAUGUUCCUCAGCCUGGAGAAGAACCCUGCCCACUUGAUCCAUGGCUUGUGGUUCCUGACAAGAGCAAGUAUGUUGAUCAACAAACCUUGAAACUGCAAGAAAACCCGGAGGAUGUUCCAACUGGAGAGCUUCCUAGAAACCUGCUUCUCUCUGUUGAUCGUCAUCUUGUUCAAACAGUAGUACCUGGCUCAAGAUUGACAAUCAUGGGAAUCUAUAGUAUCUACCAGGCUUCCAACUCUUCUGCAUCCCACAAAGGAGCAGUUGCUGUUAGGCAGCCUUAUAUCAGGGUUGUAGGAAUAGAAGAAACAAAUGAAGCCAAAUCUCGAGGUCCUUCUGCAUUUACACCAGAAGAGAUAGAAGAAUUCAAAAAAUUUGCUGCUGAACCUGAUGCAUAUAAAAAUAUAUGCUCCAAGAUUGCUCCGUCUAUAUUUGGGCAUGAUGAUGUCAAAAAGGCUGUAGCCUGUCUUCUGUUCGGAGGGUCAAGAAAGAAUUUGCCAGAUGGAGUGAAGUUAAGAGGCGAUAUCAAUGUGUUGCUUCUGGGGGAUCCAUCUACUGCAAAGUCCCAGUUUCUGAAGUUUGUUGAAAAGACAGCUCCAAUUGCUGUUUAUACCUCUGGAAAAGGCUCAUCAGCUGCUGGCCUUACAGCUUCUGUAAUCCAAGAUAGCAGCACUCGCGAGUUUUAUCUUGAAGGAGGGGCCAUGGUCUUGGCAGAUGGAGGUGUUGUUUGCAUUGAUGAGUUUGACAAGAUGAGACCAGAAGAUAGGGUUGCUAUUCAUGAAGCCAUGGAACAGCAAACUAUAUCCAUAGCCAAAGCAGGAAUAACAACUGUUCUUAAUUCAAGGACUUCUGUUCUUGCUGCUGCCAACCCUCCAUCAGGACGUUAUGAUGAUCUUAAGACUGCACAGGAUAACAUUGAUUUGCAGACAACAAUUCUUUCUAGGUUUGAUUUAAUCUUCAUUGUGAAAGACAUCAGAAUGUACAGUCAAGACAAGGUAAUAGCUAGUCAUAUCAUAAAGGUUCAUGCAACAGCUGAUGCAACCACGGGUGAGAGCAGGUCUUCUAAAGAGGAGAACUGGCUGAAGAGGUAUUUACAAUAUUGUCGAUCUCAAUGCCACCCUCGUCUAUCAGAAUCCGCAGCAACUUUACUGCAGAAUAAUUAUGUGAAAAUCAGACAGGAUAUGAGGCAGCAAGCAAAUGAAACUGGAGAAGCUGCUGCAAUACCAAUUACUGUAAGGCAGCUGGAAGCUGUUGUUAGGUUGAGUGAGGCACUUGCGAAGAUGAAACUAUCUCAUCUUGCUACUGAGGAGAAUGUGCAAGAAGCAAUAAGGCUUUUCACUGUGUCUACAAUGGAUGCAGCUAGGUCAGGAAUAAACCAACAAAUAAAUCUUACACCUGAAAUGGCAAAUGAGAUAAAGCAAGCAGAAACUCAGAUAAAGAGAAGAAUUGGGAUUGGAAAUCACAUAUCAGAAAGAAGGCUGAUUGAUGACCUCAGCAGAAUGGGAAUGAAUGAAUCUACUGUGAGAAGAGCUCUUAUAAUCAUGCACCAGAGAGACGAAGUAGAAUACAAACGAGAAAGGCGUGUUAUAUAUAGGAAAACAUAA